AUGAGUUUAGAAGUGAAUGAUGCGAACCUUAAGCCAUGUCACCAUUCGAAUGAAUUAACUUUUUCACCAAUGCAAGCAACAUUUCGAAUUUACAUAAUUCCAUCGAUGUGUUUUUUUGGAAUUUUCGCCAAUCUUAUUAAUAUCUGUGUAUUCGGCCAUAAGCAGAUGGUAAGCCACUUGGUAAAUCACUUCUUUCUUGCUUUGGCGGUUGCUGAUCUGAUGGUAUUCUUCUCGACGUUCUUUGUUUUCUCCAUGCCUGUUAUAGCUGAACACUCGGGCAAUUUCAUAUUUGUUGAUAAAUCACCUGUUUUCCUUGUAUUUUUUUAUCCAGUCGCUCACACUGCACAUAUGACUACAGUUUACUUAACGAUUCUCGUCUCCGUACAUCGAUAUCUUGCCAUUUGUCAUCCGUUUUUGAUAAGAAGAAUUAGCAGCCCCAAUGCAGUAAAAUAUGUAAUAUUUGGUGUAAUACUUUUUUCUAUAUUGUUCAACAUUCCACGGUGGUUCGAACUUGAAAAUGAAGCUUGUAUUAGCGAAACAUUCCAUAGUCCAGCUCCAUUGAUACAAAAUUACGACUUUAUUAUUGCCUAUAGAAUUGUCCUUUUCAUCGUGGUGGUAUUCUUAAUACCAUUUGUAACAUUAACGAUCGUUAAUUUCAAAAUAAUCGAAGCAUUACAGUCGUCAGCAAAGUUAGUACUAUUGAUUUCUUACGGCAUUACAGUAAUGCUUGUGGCAAUCAUAAGUGAAUUUCUUCUAUUCAAUGUGCUUUCAUUCGUUAAUAACAUAGUUGAGCUAAUUUUUCAUUCUUCAUAUUUUCAAUUCCUUGUUGAAUUAUCCACUGUGCUAGUGAAUCUAAAUGGAGCUACGACGAUCAUCAUCUAUCUAAUAUUUGGAAGCAAAUAUCGAACCGUUUUCUUUGAGGUUUUAAAUUUUUCCUUAAAAUUUUAUAGUUGUACUAUUAACAUAAGGAGAAGCCGAGCAAGAUGUUCGUUGAGCAAUUACCAGCGAAUAUUCAAAAACUGUAUUUGUGAUAAUUAUUGGCUGCAAAUAAAUGAAUUGCCAAUUUGGGCUUACAUUUUCGCAAUUAUAUUUCAAAGAAAAUCUCUGCAUUUUUUGUGUUGUUCCUUCAUAUUUAUAACUGUGCGUCAAAAGAUUUCAGAGAAUUCCACAAAGAACAGUUUAACAAUAUGUCUGAAGUUGUAUUUCCAGAGAACUGAGAUCAAUUUGAACGCACUGUCGCAUGAUAGAUAG